AUGGCUGUUCGAUUUCUUAUCAUACCUGGACAUCAUGGUGGAACAAUAUCACAAAUAAUGGUCGAUCCAAAUUGUCGUUACAUGAUUACCACAUCAGGAAAUAGAGGAUGGGAAGGGUCAAGUACUGAAGCUGCUUUAUUUUAUGAAAUUAAUCCAAUCGUUUAA